AUGGAGUCAGGCAGCUAUUGUCCAUACUACUGCGGUGUGGGGGCGGGCUGUGCGUACGGCAGAGACAUCGUGGAGUGUCAUUAUAAAGCCUGUCUGUACGCCGGGGUCAACAUCUACGGCACCAACGCAGAAGUCAUGCCAUCACAGUGGGAGUUCCAGAUCGGGCCGUGCGAGGGCCUGGACAUGGGGGACCACCUAUGGAUGGCGCGCUUCCUCCUGCACCGCGUGUGUGAGGACUUUGGGGUGGUCUCGACCCUCGACCCCAAACCCAUGAUGGGCAACUGGAACGGAGCGGGCUGCCACACCAACGUCAGCACCAAGGCCAUGAGGGAAGAGGGAGGACUCAAGUUCAUCGAGGAGGCCACGGAGAAGCUCGCCAAACGCCACGAGAAGCACAUCCAGCUGUACGACCCCAACGGAGGCCGGGACAACCAGAGGCGCCUGACGGGCCACCACGAGACCUCCAGCAUCCACGACUUCUCCACCGGCGUAGCCAACCGCGCCGCCAGCAUCCGCAUCCCUCGCCACGUGGGCCAGGAGAAGAGGGGAUACUUCGAGGACCGCAGACCCGCCGCCAACUGUGACCCCUACUCCGUCACCAUGAUCCUGGCCGAGACCAUGCUCAUAGACCCGGACGAGCAGGACAAAGAGUACGACUUCGAGAAGGAGUACAUGUUCGACAAAGAGUAGAGCGGGGUAGUCGUAGGAUGUUACUGUAGCUUUAUUUCAAAGUACUGUGAGUGUGUCAUUGUUUACUGCCAUAUCUUGUACAUGUUGUGUAUUUAAAUAUUAUUAAAUUAAAUCUAAAUUGU